AUGUUUCGUCAGAUCUGGAUUGACAAGCGUGACGUCGACCUACAGCGUAUCUUGUGGAACCCUGAUCCAAAUCAACCGCCCACGCACUACCAGCUGUUAACAGUCACCUACGGCGCUUCGUGCUCACCGUACCUCUCCUUGCGCACGGUGCCGCAGCUGUGCAAGGACGAAGGACACCGUUGGCCGGAGGCAGUUCCCAUGGUGAUGAACGACCGCUACGUCGACGACAUACUCUCCGGUGCCGACGACACCGCCACGGCCGGACACAUUCGUGACCAGCUAAUCGAACUUCUGCAAGCCGGCGGGUUCCCUCUGCGCAAGUGGGUAGCUAAUGUGCUCGAGCUGCUGGACAACCUCCCCGACGACGUGCGCCUGUGGCCCACUUGGUGUCAGCUUGGCGCUGAAGGUCUGGUCAGUGAGCUCGGUGUGAGCUGGGACCCUCCGUCAGAUUGCUUCCUGCUAACACCUCCCCUCAUCCAGCACCAAACCACCAAGAGGACCAUGCUCGCAGCGCUCGCGGGCCUGUUUGAUCCAUGCGGUUGGCUUGUGCCGAUCACGCUGAGCGCCAAACUCCUGCUGCAAGACUUACGGUGGACUGCCUUUGCCGCCGAGCUCCAAGCUAUCUCCGGUCUAUCUCUGCCUCGUUGGAUUGGAACAGUCACGUCAGCGGACAUUCACCUGCACAUAUUUUCCGAUGCAAGCCGCCACGUGAUGGCUGCUGUCCUGUACUCUAGACUCCAGGCCGUGGACGGUUCUGUCCGCUGCCACAUACUCCUCGCUCGCACGAAGCUGGCGCCCAUCCGCACUUUUAAUCCAAUGGCCGAGCCCGUGGCCCAGAUGACCAUUUCUCGCUUGGAGCUCCGCGCUGCCCUGCUGGCUACUAAGCUUCUGCGCUCGACGGCUGAAGAACUAGCAGUUCCGAUUAAGUGCUGUCACGUCUGGUGCGACUCGCAAAUUGUGCUGCACUGGGUUCGCUUCGAUCAGUCAACCAACAACGCCCUCGUCGACAACUACAUGGCCCAGAUACAGGACACGCUACCCUCGAAUUCCUGGCGGUACGUGCCGUCGCAGUCCAAUCCAGCCGACGUGGCCACUCGAAGCGCGGACAUGUCCAGUCUCAAACAACAACUCCUGUGGUGGAACAGUCCGCCAUGGCUCGCCGACAAUGACCGAGCCUGGCCCCAGGAAGCACUUCAAGAGGUGACACCCUUGCCGUUGGCCUGCUACGCCACCCAUCUGGUUGAGCCUAGCAUACUUGAACGAUAUUCCAAGCUUUACACUCUACUCGUCGUUCUCGUGCGCACUUGUCGGUGGGUCCAGCGCCAUUUGCGUCGCCCACCUGUCCUGACAGUGCUCUCACCACUGACUCCCGCUGAGCUUCAAGAUGCCUUCCUGGCCUGCAUCCGUUUGAGCCAAUCGGAAACGUUUGGUGAAGAGCGCGCGCGUUUGCAGAACUGCAAGCGAUUGCCAAAAGGGAACCCCUUGACUUCUUUUGCGGCUUUCCUCGACACCAACGGUGUUCUGCGCGUCGGCGGGCGGCUGGGUUUCUCCUCGCUACCUUACGAAGAGCGGCAUCCACCGAUCCUUAGUGGAGCCUCAUCGCUCGCCUUGCUGGUCCUUUCUUGGGCCCAUACUCGAGCUCUUCACGGCGGAUACAGGGUCACUAGCGCCUCCGCGGCCAAGCGUGCAUGGAUUCUCGGUGGCCCACGCAGAAUGAAGGCUCAUUUGCGGCGUUGCUUCGUAUGCUCCCGACUCCAGGCGCGCUCCGCGACCCACAUGAUGGCUCCCUUACCAGCUUCACGAGUCACACCUUCCUGCGCUUUUGGCCGCACGGGAGUCGACUACGCCGGGCCUUUUUCAGUACUUGCGUCAAAAGGACGCGGCAUACGCACUAUGAAGGGUUACAACGAUGUCUUUGUGUGCAUGACGACAAAGGCCCUACACCUUGAGUUCAUCGGUGAUCUCUCCACAGCCGCCUUCCUGGGCACUCUCGCUCAGUUCACCAGUCGUCGCGGCCGACCCUCUGAACUCUGGAGCGACAAUGCCACUUGCUUUCACCACGCUGAUCUGGAGCACUUUUAUUUUAUCCUGAUCAUCCGCAUCCAUGGAUCCAAAUAA